AUGUCUUGGAUCAAAGAAGCGCAGAAGGAGAUGGCAACUUCUGUUGACAGUCUCUCCAAGCAUAAGAAAUCUGACACGAUGCCAACUUAUCCAAGCAGACCAAAUCCGCCGCCUCAAACGCAAUUCAAUAACCCUAAAGCCCAGAUACAGUCCGAAGAUGAACUCCAUUCGUCCGAAAUCGUUUCUUCUGUACUCCCCACUCCCCCAACAAGCCCUCAAAGCUCGUCGAAUUUGACGCUCUCUGAGCAGAAGCCAGUGGAAAGCCAACAUCCUAUGGCUGCCGCCUCAGACUUGAAGAAAUCCCUGGGUCUGGGUGAAUUCCGCUGCGGAUGUCAUGCACAAGAACGGCGCUGUCGAAUUCGCAUACCAACAGCAAAUAAAAACUUGAUCAAUCCCCAUAUCGAGUCGAUGUUAACCCUUACACGAUCGUCGCCGAAACUCGAAGCUGACUUGAAUAAAUUGUUCGAGCUUGUACAUUGUCAUCAUCACGGAGAUCAAAAAGGUACAAGGCUUGAGGAAUGGAAAAUAGUCUUUCCCAUUGGAAAUGCCGGUAUCAAACCAGUCGUGUCAAUUGAAAAACAGAUCAUAAAAGUUUUUGGUCAACUUUCCGCUCGGUGUAUAUGGAUAUCGCUGGAGGGUGAGCUUUGUAAAAAUAGUAUUGGUGGCCAAAGUGUUCAGAAUUGUGCCAAAACGAUUGAUGAGAUCGCCAAGUCAGAAGUCUAUCUUAAAGAUAUCUAUCUCGAUUAUCUCCUCAAGGUUCUUGAAACGAAUAUGUAUUGUCCUGACCACAUUGGUAGCCCGCAAUUCAAAAGGGUGGUGCUGUGGAAGUCGAAAGUGAUUGAGAUCCGCGAAACGGCUACUUUAGAGUUGAUGCAGCCCAUUGAAAAUGACUUGCCGGUUGGGUUCAUAACUCAUCAAGUUCCAAAUACUCCAGAGACCGGGGGUCUUUCGACUAAGAAAAUUAAUAAGCUCACCUUGCCCAUUCGAGGGUUGUCGACGCGGAAAAACUUGCAAUCUUGGUCCUCAAAAUUGAAUCAAGAUCCGGUCACAUUUUGGCCAAAAGCUAAUGACACCUCCCCUUUCCACGUCAUCGUGAUGGGAAAUGGACUUCCUGGUUACGACCGUGUCCAAAGCAAACUUCAACAGCCUUUGGGAGGCAGAGACCUUGAGGAUGGAUAUGUGUAUCUGUAUCAGGUUGAAGGAAAUGAAAGGUUUGUUAAAAUUGGAUGGACUGCUGAUUCGGUUAAAGUACGCCACGAGAAGUGGGCCUUUGAUUGCAACAGGAACACGACGACCCUUUAUCCCACUCUCGAGUCUGCCACCAGGGUUCCGAAUGCUCGGCGUGUCGAGGCGCUGUGUCACGAAGAGCUAUACCAUUGUAGAAUCACAAUAUCUUGCAAGGGCUGUUUGAAGAAGCAUACUGAAUGGUUUGAGACUUCUCCUACUGAAGCCAUCGCAGUCAUUAAAAAGUGGUCAAAUUGGAUAACAACACGUCCAUAUCAGCUCCUUCAGCUGGAACCUAAAGUGAAAUUGGCACUAAAAGAAAAGGAGAUGCGGCGAGUGAGCGAUAUCGGCCGGUUUAUGAAUGAGAUAUCAGUACCCGUCACACCAACAGUGACUUCAGAACUUAAAAUCGAGAAAGUGGGAGAUACGCUUUCCUGA